AUGUCUAAAGAGAAUCUGUUACUGAAAUUAGAUAGAUUGGAAUACCAAUGGCAUUACCUACAAGAGACACAUGAAAAAUUUGAACCGAGAUUCCCAUUUACCCAAAGGUUUUUCAACGCAAAAGGUAAGAAGAAUAAUAAGAAAGUAACAAAGAUUUUGGAAUCUUCUGAUAAAGAAAAGGUUCGUUCAGAUUUGAAAGAAGUCAGAGUAGAGAUAUUGAAUCGUAAAAUACACAAUGUGGAGAAGCAUGUCAAUAAUUAUCUUUUCAAGACUAUAAAGAGCAUUGUUAGCAAUGAUAAAUCAGUAUUUCAACCAGUGCUAGAAGCAGUUGAAGCCAAAUAUGGUGCUGGAGAUGCAGGUUUGCAUGACUUCUGUGAAAUUGUGACAAAGUCGAAAGCAAUCAAAUUUAUAAUAUCGAAACUUCAAAAGUCAUCGGCUAACAUCGCAAGUGCAAACGAAGAGGUAUCUGACAAAAGAAUUCCUAAAUGGGCUGCUGACCAUGAAUACGUAAAGAUGUGGACAGACAAGAAUAAUAAAUAUAACCCAAGUAAGGUAUGGAAUGAGGAUGUUACUAAGAUAAAAUCAUGCGAUGCACUAAUUAGUCGUGUCAUGAAUGGAAAGAAAUACAAACAGAUGAUGGAUCAAUUCGACGAUAGUCUAGAUUUAUUUUUGAAUAUCAACAAACAGAAAAGACUACAAAAACAACAAGAGAAGAAAAAAUCUACUAAAACAUCUUCAAAACAACACGAAGAAGAGAAUGAAGAUGCUUCUGGUGAUGAUUUUGGUUAUUCAGACAAUGAUGAUCCAAGGUAUAAUGAAAAUAUUGAUGAGGAUGAGCUACUGAAGCAAUAUGACGGAAUGCUUGUCGGUUCAGAUGAUGAAAGUGAUGAAGAGGAAGAUUCUGCGAAAUCUUCUGCUUCAGAAGAUGAAACUUCAGAACGUAUUGGAAAGCAAGAACCAGUGCCUAAACUGAAGAAGAAAGAAAAGGCAAAAUUACCAGAACUUAUGGUUGGCUACGUCAGUGGAGGUAGUGAUGAAGAGAUAGAGGUUGACGAUAUUGCUAAGGAGCAAAUUGAAAUCAAACCUCAAAAGAAGAAUAGAAGAGGUCAAAGAGCUAGAAGAAAGAUAUGGGAACAAAAGUAUGGUUCCAAAGCUAAGCAUGUCCAAAGGGAAAUUGAAAAGGAAAUGGAGAAAAAGAGGAAAAGGCAAGCCGAAUACGAAGAACGUGUUGCAAAGAGAGCUGCUAGAGCCGAGCAAAACGAAGAAUAUCAAGCCAAGAAAGCUGAAAUUAAAAGGGAGAAAGAAGAGCAUAGAAAGAAGCUUGAGAAAAUUGAAGAUCAUCCUUCCUGGGUUGCAAAGAAGAUGGCUGAGGAUAAAGAGAAAAAUGCUAAAUUUGCUGGUAAGAAGAUCACAUUUGACUGA